AUGCGGAGAAGAAACCAGCCGGAUGAAAGCCCUCAGGGAGAGGUGAUUGUUCCCCUGGCGGUGCGCCCAUGUGAUGGUCAGGAGUCCGCUCCCCUGGCCGUGCACCCACGUGAUCGUCAGGAGUCCGCUCCUCUGGCCGUGCACCCACGUGAUCGUCAGGAGUCUGCUCCUCUGGCCGUGCGCCCACGUGGUCAUCAGGUGCCCUCAUCAGGUGCGCUCAUCAGGUGUGCUGACAUGCCCGAGAGGGAACUACUGUCAGAGGAUUUAGAGAGUUCCAGUGAGCAGGAGGGGCCCCAUUCAGACCAUUCGGCUGCAGAGGAAGAACCACGAAUGCCAGCCACAUUGAACGAGGAGCAGCAUCAGAACACAGAGGCCCUGCAGGCAAUGAGCUGGCCAAGGAACUCGGGGAUGCCUGGAAUUUCAGACAUUGCCUGGCCAAAGAGACGAGACCCAAAGAAGCGGGCAGCUGCAAUGCUGCGCUUGCGACAAUGGGAGGCCCAGCUGCUUCGGGAAAUUGAGGAAGCAGUUCAUCAUGAGCUGACCAUCCAAGAGGGGGUCCUUAGCACUGAGCUCCCCGACCAAGCUCAGGGGCUACUUAGCAUCAGUACGGUCAGGGUAGAUCCCCAGGAUCCUGGUGCCUUGGCAUGA